AUGCCUCUCGACUUCAAGGACCUCGUGGUUAUCAUUACUGGUGGUGGCGGUGGCCUCGGCCGCUCCUACGCACACAUGUACGGCCGUGGUGGUGCCAAGGUUGUCGUCAACGAUGUCUCAGCUGAGAAUGCCCAAAAGGUCGUCAACGAGGUCACCUCUGCCGGCGGCAAGGCCAUUGCCGCCGUCGGCUCGGUCCUCGAGGGCCAGAAGAUUGUCGACCAGGCCGUCAAGGCGUUUGGCACUGUCCACGUCCUGAUCAACAAUGCCGGUAUCCUGCGUGACAAGUCGUUCCGCAACAUGACCCAGGCCGAGUUUGACGCCGUCUACGACAUUCACGUCCAGGGCGCCUACGCCAUGACCCGUGCCGUCUGGCCCAUCUUCCGUGCCCAGAAGUUUGGCCGUAUCGUCAACACGUCGUCCCCCGCUGGUGUCUAUGGAAACGGCGGUCAGACCAACUACUCGGGUGCCAAGCACGCUCUCAUCAUCUUCUCGCAGGUCCUUGACAAGGAGGGUGUCAAGUACAACAUCAAGGCCAACACUAUUGCCCCCAUUGCCGCAUCUGCCAUGACCGAGACCGUCAUGACCAAGGAGGUUCUCUCCCACUUUGACGCCGACCACGUCGCGCCCCUCAUCGGCGUGCUUACUGCUCGCAACGGCCCUGACGUUGGCGGUCGUCUCUUUGAGGUGGGAGCCGGUUUCUACGCCGAGACCCGCUGGCAGCAGUCCGAGGGCUAUGUGUGGAAGGCCGACGACUCGUUCACACCUUCGGCCGUGGACCUCAUGUGGCCCAAGGUCAAGGACUUCUCCAAGAACGUCACCCUUCCCUCCCAGAGCGAUGGCGCCCGCAUGAUGGAGAUUGUCGGUCUCCAGCCCAAGCUCCCGCCCAACCCCCAGGGACCUCCUCCCGCCAGCUCGUUCAAGGGCUACACCGUCAUCAUCACCGGUGCAGGCGCCGGUCUUGGCGCGUCGUACGCCCGCUACUUUGCCCGCUUCGGUGGUAACGUCGUCGUCAACGACAUCAACGCCAAGGCGGCCAACGCCAUCGUCGACGAGGUCAACAAGCUCGGCGGUGUCGGUCUUGCCGCUGUCGGUUCGGUCGAGGAGGACGCCGACGCCAUUGUCGCGGCCACUGUGGCCAAGUUUGGUACUGUUCACGCCCUCAUCAACAACGCCGGUAUCCUGCGCGACAAGGCUUUUGUCAACAUGACCCCCGAGCUCUUCACCCCUCUCUUCAACAUUCACGUUCGUGGAAGCUGGAAGAUGGCCAAGGCCGUCUGGCCUAUCAUGCACAAGCAAAACUACGGCCGUAUCGUCAACACGUCGUCGCCCAACGGUGUCGUCGGCGCCCACGGCCAGUCCAACUAUGGUACUGCCAAGGCGGCCAUCAUCGGCUUCACCAAGGCUCUGGCCAUCGAGGGCAAGAAGAACAACAUUCUCGUCAACGCCCUCGCCCCCUCUGCCGGUACCGCCAUGACCGCCACCAUCUGGACCCAGGAGCUCCUCGACACGUUCAAGGCCGACUUUGUGGCCCCCAUCACCGCCUACCUCGCCUCGGAGCGCUGCCACGACACCUCCAUGGUCGUCAAGUCGUUUGGCGGUCUCGCCGCCACCUACCGCUGGCAGCGCUCGUACGGUAUCGUCUUCCCCAACGACAAGCCCGCUACCCCAGACCAGCUUGCUAGCCGCUGGGAGGAGGCCGUCAAGUUUGACGCCCGCGCCACGUACCCGGCCAGCACGGCUGACUCGCGUGGCCAGCUCGCGGCCAACUUCACCAACCUGUCCACCGGCAAGGCCAAGCUCUAA